AUGGCCCAGGUCGAGCGUAUCACAGAGAAAUUGGAGAAGCCAGAACUUGAUGAUCGUUCAUAUCGGGUCAUUCGUCUGCCGAACAAGCUCGAGGCCCUUUUGGUCCAUGAUCCGGACACCGAUAAGGCCAGCGCGGCGGUAAACGUCAAUGUUGGCAACUUCUCCGAUGAAGAUGACAUGCCUGGAAUGGCUCAUGCGGUAGAACAUUUGCUGUUCAUGGGCACGAAAAAGUACCCCAAAGAGAAUGCAUACAACCAAUACCUCACAUCCCAUUCCGGCUCGUCGAAUGCCUACACAGCUGCCACCGAGACGAACUACUUCUUUGAAGUGUCUGCCACGGGUGACUCUAGUACCCCCAAAUCCAGCGGAGACAGCACCCCUGCCGAGACGACAAACGGAAACAACGGUGUUUUGGCAGUCGAGAAUGGGGCAGAGGGCAAAUCGCCUCUCUACGGUGCGUUGGACCGAUUUGCUCAGUUUUUCAUCGCCCCGCUUUUCCUUGAAUCAACUUUAGAUCGGGAGUUGCAAGCGGUGGAUUCCGAAAAUAAAAAGAACCUCCAGAGUGACCUGUGGCGCUUAAUGCAACUGAACAAGUCCCUCUCAAAUCCUAAACAUCCUUACAGCCACUUCUCCACUGGUAACCUGCAGACCUUGAAAGAGGAUCCUCAGAAACGCGGUCUGGAAGUGCGCAGUGAGUUUAUCCGAUUCUACGAGAAGCACUACUCGGCCAACAGAGCGAAGUUGGUUGUCCUGGGUCGAGAGUCUCUGGACACUUUGGAGCAGUGGGUCACCGAGCUGUUCUCUGGUAUCGAAAACAAGGAUCUUGCUCCGAACCGCUGGGAUGAUGUACAGCCCUUCACCGAGAAGGACAUGUGCACCCAGGUGUUUGUGAAGCCGGUCAUGGAAACUCGCACCAUGGACAUGUAUUUCCCCUUUCUCGACGAGGAGGAAUUGCAUGAUACCCAGCCUAGUCGGUAUAUUAGCCAUUUGAUUGGCCAUGAGGGUCCUGGCAGUGUUUUGUCAUACCUCAAGGCCAAGGGAUGGACCAAUGGCCUGUCUGCAGGUGCUAUGCCUGUCUGCGCUGGGGCGGCAUUCUUCACCAUUUCCGUGCGCCUGACCCCCGAGGGUCUGAAGCAGUACCAGGAGGUCGCAAAGGCGGUCUUCGAGUAUAUCGCCAUGAUCAAGCAGCGUGAACCAGAGCAGUGGAUCUUCGAUGAGAUGAAGAACCUUGCCGAGGUCGAUUUCAGGUUCAAGCAGAAGACCCCCGCCAGUCGGUUUACCAGCCGCCUGUGUAGUGUCAUGCAGAAGUCCCUCCCCAGGGAAUGGCUACUGAGCCAGUCUUUGUUGCGACGCUUUGAUCCUGAGCUGAUCAAGAAGGCACUCAGCCAUUUGCGGGCCGACAACUUCCGCCUACUCAUUGUGUCCCAGGACUUCCCGGGCACGUGGGACCAAAAGGAGAAGUGGUAUGGUACUGAAUACAAAGUGGAGAAGAUCCCACAGGAGUUCCUGGGUGGGCUCCAGAAGGCCCUAGAGUCGACCGAAGCUACCCGCACCUCCGACGUGCAUAUGCCUCACAAGAACGAAUUUGUGCCGACCAGACUCUCAGUAGAGAAGAAGGAGGUUGCUGAGCCAGCCAACUUCCCUAAGCUGAUCCGCCAUGAUGAACGAGUACGGUUGUGGUUCAAGAAAGAUGACCGUUUCUGGGUGCCCAAGGCCACUGUCGAGGUAACGCUUCGAAAUGCUCUGGCAUGGACCACACCCCGCAACCUCAUCAAGACGAAGCUUUACACCGAGUUGGUGAGAGACUCCCUAGAUGAGUACUCCUACGACGCCGAGCUUGCUGGCUUGGGCUACCAUCUCUCGGCCACGUCCACGGGCUUGGAUAUCUCCGUGAGCGGAUACAAUGACAAGAUGUCUGUUCUAUUGGACAAAGUACUCAAUACCAUGCGCGGACUGGUAAUCAAUCAGGACCGUUUCAACAUUAUCAAAGAGCGCUUGACGCGGGCAUUCCGCAAUGCCGAGUACCAGCAGCCUUACUACCAAGUGGGCGAUUAUACUCGGUAUCUUCUUGUCGAGCGAGGCUGGGACAACGAGCAAUUCCUUGAGGAGCUGCUGCAUGUUGAGUGCGAGGAUGUGGCGAAGUUCUUCCCCCAGCUGCUUGAGCAAACCCACAUCGAAGUCCUGGCUCAUGGAAAUCUAUACAAAGAGGAUGCUCUGCGCAUGACAGACUCCAUCGAAAAGGUCCUUGGAGGCCGCCAUCUUCCUCCGUCGCAGUGGUACAUGCGCCGCCACGUGACCCUCCCUCCCGGUUCUAACUAUGUCUACCCGCGGACUCUUAAGGACCCGGCCAAUGUCAACCAUUGCAUCGAGUACUAUUUGUACAUCGGACUCUUCUCUGAUGAUGUGUUACGGUCGAAGCUCCAGCUAUUUGCGCAGCUGACUGACGAACCUGCAUUCGACCAGCUUCGUAGCAAGGAACAGCUCGGAUAUGUGGUGUGGAGCGGUGCGCGCUACAACUCUACCAUUCUCGGCUACCGGGUCAUCAUCCAAAGUGAACGCCCGGCACAGUAUCUUGAAUCACGCAUUGAGAGCUUCCUGAGCGGGUUCGGCCCCAUCCUCGAGAACAUGCCCGAAGAAGAAUUCGAGGGUCACAAGCGCAGUGUCGUGAACAAGCGUCUGGAAAAGCUCAAGAACCUGGGCUCCGAGACCGGCCGAUACUGGUCGCAUAUCGGAUCCGAGUGCUUUGAUUUCCUGCAGCACGAAACCGACGCAGCCAACGUGCGCACUUUGACCAAGGCCGACCUUGUUGCCUUCUACAGGCAAUAUAUUGAUCCCUCUUCGACGACCCGUGCCAAACUGGCCACCCACCUUAACGCCCAAGGCGCGCAGUCUGAGAACAAGACAGCUGAACAGCGGGCCGCUCUUGUCCAAGCCCUGAGCAAGCAGCUCGAAGCCGCCGGCUUCACUGUGGAUGCUGCUCGCUUCGCAACAGCAUUCGAGGAAGUUGAGACGACAGUGGUGGACAAGUCACAGGUCCUCUUCAUUGUGAAGAAUUUCCUGGCUACGGAGUUGAGCCAGUCCACACAGCAGAUAGAGCCUGUUCUCGAGAAACUAGAGCAGACUCUUGGUGCCCAGUUGAAGGGGCUGGGACUCGGCUCUAGCAGUGAUAAGCAGAGCGUGACCAAUGGCUCUGACAAGGCUUCGACUCCCUUUGUUAUUAGCGAUGUGCCUAACUUCAAGGCGAGCCUGCCUAUCAGCACUGGUCCUGUCCCAGUGGUGGACCUCAGUGUGUAUGAGGAUUUUGAUGCCAAACUGUGA